GCAGGUGUGAGUCAACAAAUUCCGUUCAACAGUCAACAAGCAGAAUAUAAAUUCCGAAUUUUAAAUAUUUUAAAUUUCGGUCUAUACCAAUUAUUAGAAUUUUUAAACAUUUGAGACCACAUUGUUCUUUGAGGAGCCAAUAAAAUGGAAGGGGAAGACGCAAUUCUUCUUGAACCAAAUUAUCGAUACUGCCAUUCAUGUCGGAAGCAUAUGUGGGGGCCAAGUAGUUGUGGGUGUGCCACUGCAGAAAAUUAUGCCGGUAAGGAAUGGAAACAAUAUUCUAUCUUGCCCUACAUCGAAAAUCAAAAGUACACGUUCGGAACCAAGUACACCUCGAGGGACCACCAAGGCGAGUUCAUCUUUGUGCAAACUGAAAAAAAUCCCGGAAAUCUGGCCGAAAUUAAUUGUUCAGGUGGAAAUUAUUGGAUCACACCGGCCGGGAAAAGAGUUGUUUUGGUCAAUGAUGCCCGGUUGGAGAAAAACUGUCGCACGAAACUCAACGAUGGCGACAAGAUUGCUUUACUCGGAAAAGUUCGACCGAGACGUGGACUUUAUCCAUGGAUUAAACACGAAUCUCUGCAUGGAUUUUUCCUAUUUAAAGAAGGUCGUCGCGCCAUCGAACGACAAGAAGGAGAGGAUCCAAGCAUGUCAGAUGACGAGGACAAAGUUAACUUCACACCAGGACAAAAUUACCUCAUCUUGUCUCACAUUUUUUCCUACCUGCCCUUCGACAAUCUCAAAACGGCACGCUUAGUAUGCAGCAAAUGGGAUGAGGAAGCUGCUCGGAUUCUAAAGAAAAAAUCCACCGUUGCCAUGGACUUGUAUUCCCGAUACAAUUAUCAAUACCCUAUGGGGUCGAUGACGUUGCUUCGAUACGCUAAAGAAAUGGAAAACCUGCAUCCAACCAGUUUGCACUUGAAUCUCCCGCGUUUCACAUCAUCAAAUUAUCGAAGCUUGAAACUGGUCGACGAUCUGAACUGGUUUCUGCUAUUAGAUAGAUGUCGUCACAUUACACGGUUGAAUUUGGGUGGAGCAAUCUUUUCAGGAUCUGAUUACAAGAUGCACCUCGGCAUUCUCACGAAACUUCAAGCAACCCUUUGCGACCUAGAGUUAUCUUGGCAACUCUACUUAAGAGAUGAAUCCAGUGGUGACCACGCAUUUCUGACGAAGGACCUCAAUCUUAACAAGCUCGAAGUAUUCACCUACUCGAUUACAACAGGUCACGAGGAGGAUGUUCUAGCCAACGAAGCCGUCUUAUCCUACUGGGCGGCAGCAGUCCAACGCGUAAAAAGGAUACAACUGAAACGCGAUGUUUUCUACGAAUGGAAAUUCUUCAAUUGUUUGCUACACUACGAACAGCCCUUUCCACAAUUGGAAGCUUUCAUUAUUACCCCUCUGACACAACAAAUCGUUCUGGAUUUACUCCUGAAGUUGACUAAUCCCUUGAAGAUGCUGAAAGUGCACAGGUUGCGACAAGGACCAGGACAGUAUUAUGCCAAAUUCGAAAAGUUACUCCAGAAGCACGCCGACACAUUGGAAGAAUUGCACUUCGUUUAUGACCGAGACGAAGCUCUCCACCUCCCGACUCUUCCCCGGCUGAGAACGCUUUCCGUCGGAUGCAUGCAAUUGUUCGGCCUGAAUAUUCGUUUCCCUUCUGCGCAUGAUAACAACGAUGUGCUCGACUAUGAAAGGCACCUUCCCAGACUUGCCGCCCUCUCGCUAUCCAUGUUUCCGUCGGGGCGUCCGAAUUACUCGUGGGAACAUCAUCGAGAUAAACUGGAGGUUUUUGUCCCCACACGCAACAGAAAUGGGGAGCCGAUUGAGACGAGAUGUGUCACGUUGAGAAAACUUGAUCUACGUAUCUACACAGGAUAUGGGUGGAUAUCGGAUUGCUUUUUCAGGUCCCCUUCCGACCCCCCACUCACCAGCAUGUUCCCAAACGUGUGGAAUGAUUGGAUGACGAGGAGAAGGAUGGAGGAGGCAGAGGAAUCGUUAUCUGCGACAUUUCGGAGUGAGAAGCAAAUUCCGAAGCAGUAGAACGAUAACGCAUCCUUAGGGUGCCGCCCAAUUAAAAUGAUGAACUUCAAUUUAUUUACAUAUGUACAGGCUAAUUUGUUGCUGGGUUUAACUUUUUUUAUGAAAAAACCAUUUGUACCUUGAAUUUUCGUUGUUACCAGGGUCAUGCUUUUUAUAUUACUUGUUUAUUUGAUUGGUACAUCGUUGUGAUUUUACUUUGAUUAGAUGAGAUUAAUAAAAAUCAGUUUCCCAUAA